AAUCAUUGUUUUAUUUAUUGUUUUAUUUAUUUUAUUUAUUUUUUUCUUGUUUUAAAGCCAGUGCGUUUAAGUUUCUUAAAUCACUAAGGUCUAGAUUGCAAAGGAUUAAAGAUUAGGAUCAAGAAGAGUGAAUCGUUGCAUAAUUAACUCCACGCCGAGGAACGGAGUUAUUCCUCGGAUACUCGCAACCAAGUGGCACAACGUGGGCGGUGCGUCGAGGGGAGUCAGAACCUCCACGGCAGCUCCACGGAGUCAGAAGCUGGAUGUAGGAGCUGAGGGACGCGGCGGUCUGAGUCGGGGUCACCUGGAGAGUAAAUAAAUCACACAUGUAAAAGGAGUUUUGUUCUCCAUCUGAUGGUGCGUGAUUUCAAGGUGGAUUCGGUUUCGUGUAACCCAAACUGACGGACGGACUACAUUUGAGUAUUCACGACAAAAAAAAAAAAAAAAAAAAAACCCGACACUUCAGCUCCAACACCUGAAGAGAGGACGAAAUCCCACUGCUCCUGCACCUUUUCUCUACCUAUUGGAACAUUUUUUUCUUUUCUAUUCCAUCCUGAUGUGACAGUUUGUAUUUAGUUUAUAUUUACGCGUAUCAUUGGCACCGCGUAAAAUGUGUUGUUGCGACUUCUUUCCGUCUUGCUAUUGAACUCAAAGGGGAGUCUCAGUGAAAGCAAUCGCAAUAAAGGUGGAUAAAGUCAAUAGAAGACAUUUAAUGUGACACAUGGAAAAAUAUGUGUAAAAUAUAGGACUGGAAAUGCGUCGCAAAUGCAUCUAUCUACUGGAGGUGUACGCCAUCAUGAGCCUUCUGCCUUCGGGCUCUUUAGCAGAUUUGACAUGUGAAGCCCUGCUUCUGUUAGCAGGAAAUGUCUCACUACAGUCCCUGGCCUCGACCUGGAACCAAACCCUCAGCAGCAGCAACGCCACAGGUCAGUGGAGCGGCUCAGGACCUUUUUGUGAAACCUCCAUCGAUGGCAUUGGCACCUGCUGGCCCAGGAGCGGCGCUGGGCAGAUGGUGUCGCGGCCCUGUCCAGAAAUGUUUUACGGCGUCAGGUACAACACCACAAAUAACGUUUACAGAAAAUGCCUUGCAAAUGGGACAUGGGCGUUGAAGGGGAACUACUCCAUGUGUAAGGCCAUACUUCACGAGGAGAAAAAAGGCAAGAUGCACUACCAGAUAGCUGUGAUCAUCAACUUCCUGGGUCACUGUAUCUCAAUGGUGGCCCUCCUCAUAGCCUUCUUCCUCUUCCUGUGUUUGAGGAGCAUCCGCUGCUUGAGAAAUAUCAUCCACUGGAACCUCAUCACUGCCUUUAUCCUGAGGAACGCCACCUGGUUUAUUGUCCAGAUGACUAUGAGUCCUGAGGUUCAUGAAAGUAAUGUGAUUUGGUGUCGCCUCGUCACCGCCUCCUUCAAUUAUUUCCACUCCACCAAUUUCUUUUGGAUGUUUGGUGAAGGCUGCUACCUCCACACUGCUAUUGUCCUUACCUACUCCACCGACAAGCUCCGCAAGUGGAUGUUCAUCUGUAUCGGCUGGUGUAUACCAUUUCCAAUAAUUGUGGCUUGGGCCAUUGGGAAGCUGUACUACGAUAAUGAGAAGUGCUGGUUUGGAAAGCGAGCUGGUGUCUACACGGACUACAUCUACCAGGGUCCUAUGAUUCUGGUGUUAGUGAUCAAUUUCAUUUUCCUCUUCAACAUCGUGAGGAUCCUUAUGACCAAACUGCGGGCGUCAACUACAUCUGAAACGAUACAGUACAGGAAAGCUGUGAAGGCUACACUGGUACUUCUUCCUCUUCUGGGAAUCACUUAUAUGCUGUUCUUUGUAAAUCCGGGAGAGGAUGAGAUCUCGCAAAUUGUAUUCAUAUAUUUCAACUCGUUUUUGGAGUCGUUCCAGGGCUUCUUUGUAUCAGUAUUUUACUGCUUCCUAAACAGUGAGGUGCGGUCAGCUGUGAGGAAGCGGUUCCACCGAUGGCAGGAGCAGCACUCUAUCCGAGCCAGGAUGACCCAGGCAAUGUCCAUCCCCACUUCACCUUCACGGGUCAGCUUUCACAGCAUCAAGCAGUCCACAUCGCUAUGAAAGAGGAAACCAGCUUUGUCCUAGAUACGUACCAUGGAAGAAACCUCCAGCUGUCGUUGUCAUCAAUUUCUGCCGCAUCAGUGGGGUACACUAAAACACUUUCUGAGCUGGGACGAGGCUAGAGAGCAAGAGAGAGAGAGGAAGAGAGAGAGGGACUGCACCAGACUCCUAAACCUCAGGAGGGGCAUUAUACAGACUUUCAAGAGAAAAUGGAUGGGGACAGGGAUGAAGGACACUGCAGACUUUAUUAGUGGAUCGAAAGAUGCCCAAGUGACCAAGACAAGUUCGGAUCUAUUUGACUUGGAAUUAGGUGUGAAUGUACAGCACUUCAUAUUCUGUAAUGUUUGUCUGAAAUUUAAUCCUCUGUUAUAUUCCUGCUCGCACACUUUUUGCCAUCUUACAUCAAUUGGAAGUUGGAGCUUGUGCUGCUGGACUGCACUGAACUGGAUUCCAUCCCAGUGGACACAUGACUCAAAUGACGUUUCACUACAGGGGCAAUGACUAAGUUAUUACAAAGAUUUUUUUUUUUUUUUCCUUUUUGAUUGGUUCUUUAUUUUUACUUUGCUGUUUCAAACAAAUGUCUGGCUAUUGUGUUUGUUAUUAUUUUAUUUUAUUUUAUUUUAUUUUAUUUUUGGUGUUGUGUUAUCCUCUGUUCUCAUUUACCUUGGUCCUAACUUUCCAGAGUUUUAAACACAUUCCUUUCUUUUUGAUGGAAGAGUUUUGCUACAAAAUAUACAUUCAUCAUAUAAAACAAAAUUAAGGAUGUGUAUAUUCAUAUAUUGGGUAAGUAGUUAAGCUAGAAGUUAACCUUAAGACAUUUGCUGUUUACAUAACAUCUUGUUUUUCACAUAUUGCCUAUGUUUUUGGAAAAAUUCUUUCCAAAAAUGUGUUUUGUGAUGAAACUCUUCCACUAAAUAAAGAGACUUAUUAUUGUUGCCUGUCUACCAGCAAAGCCAGACAUGGAUUAUUAUAAGCAGAGGUAUCUACACAAGUUACUAUUCAUUCUACCAGGUGACUCUGUGGUGGCGGAUUUUUUUGAAACAUAAUAUUGGAGUGGGCUGUGCAGUAACUUUGUUUGUUACUGAUUUCUUGUAAAUAUAUGAAUACUAAAGGGGAUGAUAAAAUCCAGAGGUGUGUUCACAAAGAGAAUUCAAACCAAAAACACAAACCACACACUGUAAAUCAUAUGGGCACAUUAUCCAUGUGAUCAGCAAUUCACAGUCCACAUUCCUAAGAUACCAAUAUGCCUAGCACCUGUGCAUUUUUAUCAACUGCUGUUUAUGUCAUACUGUAUAUUGACCUCAUCUUUUUUGUCACCCUAAACUUGCAAUGACUUUUUUUUUCCAGCUGUUUCAAAGUGACGUGUUAGCUCAGAUUGUUCUUGGUGACAAAAUGUCCAAUUAUUCAAGACAACAGAAUUUCACCAGCCACUUUAAUAUGUUUUAUGUUCAUCAAGCAGUCAGUGAAGUUGCUUCUUGAGUGUUUGGAGUUAACAAAAAAAAAAAAAAAAAAAAAGAGGGGAAAAAAGCACCAGACUGUGAGGUCAAAGAUUUGAAAACAUUUGUUGUCAUGCACUUUUAACAUAUAAAAGGAAGUAUAAAAGGUUCAUGUAAUUCUUUGAAAAUGUAUCAUCUAAGCUGGAAUAAGCUGCAUAGGUAAGAAAUAUGCCUCCUCAUGUUGUCAUUCCAGCACAGUUAAAGGGUCAAACAACAAAAAAGGAACAAUUAUGGAUACUCAUUUCUUCAUGAGUGGUACAUACUGUGUGAUGGUCAAUCAAAUUCAUAAUGUAAUUCACAACAUUAUUUAUUGCUAUUUAUUUUACAAUAUUGUUAUUUUCAUACUUGAAAAAUGUCAACAGAUAAUAAAAUUUGUGUUGCAUUUGA